UCAUGGAUUCAUUUAUUCCACAAGCAUCUAGAGAGUUCCUAUCAGGUGUAGUUGGGCACGAAGGACAGAAGAGUUACAGGCUGCAGUGGGCCCCAGCCGGCUUUGCCCGUCGGUGGCCAUGGUGCCAUGGUGGUUAUUGAACGCCCGUGGACCCACGAAUGAAGCCUUCUGUUCGCAAGGGCCUGCUGCCCUGCCACCUGUCUUCCCCAGAGCCUGGAGCUGUGAGCAUCUGGCCCCGGCUCUUAUUGCAGCCUGAAAUAAGGCUGUGACCAGGACAGUCCAAGAAUGAUGCUGCCAGCUGAAGCCAGAGCUGGCCUGGGAACUCGCUCUGCUCAUUGGCCGCUGACCGCGGACAGCGCAGCCACGGACGCUGGCCAGGCACCUUCCAGCCUCCCCGCGGAGGGCUAGCCUGGAGGGGCCGGCGCUCCUCCCUGCCCACCGCAGGCCCCUCUCUCAGGAUGAUCUCCAAGGAGCAAAAGCAGCCGACCACAGCUGUCAUGGGGAGCCUCGCUGGGCCAGUCCCUUCGCUGGACCUGGGGAAGAAGCUGAGCGUACCCCAAGACCUGAUGUUAGAGGAGCUCUCGCUGCGUAACAACCGGGGGUCCCUCCUGUUUCAGAAGAGGCAUCGCCGUGUGCAAAGGUUCAUUGAGUUUGAAGCCAGCCAGCCGGGGACGGAGGCCAGAAGCCCCCGGGGAGAGGUGACGGGGGCCGCCGCGCCGGGGACGGUUGCCAGUGGCCCCCAGGGGCAGCACCUGCGCGCUUCCCCCCGCGGCCUCGAGGACGCCGGAGCCGCCGCCGCCGCCGCCCAGCCCGAGCGCGCCCGCAGCCCCAGCGCCCUGGCUCCCGGCUACGCGGAGCCGCUCCAGGCCGUCCCGCCGGAAAAGUUCAACCACACCUCCAUCCCCAAGGGCUACCGCUGCCCCUGGCAGGAGCUGGCCCGCCCCCGCGAGCUCCGCGGCGACCUCACGCCCCGCGUCCCCGACCUCCGCAAUUUCAACCGGACUCCCGUGCCAUUUGGAGGAGCCCUGGACGGGGAGACCUUUCACAGGGAAGGCACCCCCUUUGUCCCAGAGCCCUUUAGUGGCUUGGAACUCCUGCGCCUCAGACCCAACUUCAACAGGGUGGCUCAGGGCUGGGUCCGCAAGCUCCCAGAGUCUGAGGAGCUGUAGACGCAGCCUGUAACCUCUUUCUCAGCCUCAGAACUCCUGGAACAUCGGAAGCCAAGACUUACGGACUGCAUUUACAGUCUAUGAAGAGCCUGCACACACAACUGUUGUUGCAAAUGUCUCAAAGGUCACAGAGCUCAGUAGUUUCCAAAUGCAGAUGUGUUUCAAGGUCAGCUGAGGACAGUGGUCCUCACACAGACUUGCAGUGCCAAGAAUCUCUACUAGUAACUCGUCCCGCCAGGUGAUCGAAGUGCCCACAGUUUGCCUUUAGGAAUCCACACCCACGUGUCUGUCCCCCUGUUGCAGCCGCUGACACCCCCAUGGCGGCCGCUGACUCGCAGCCCAGCUCCCUGUGACCAUCUCUGAUGGGGAGCCUUGCCUCUCACUGAUGCCGUUGGCUCCAGCAGUCAUCUUAGGAUGUGCCACACAUGGCCAGGCUCGGGUCUUGAGGAGGAAAAGAUAGAGGGGAAGAGAGAUGUAUGGAGUGAUGAGUGGCUUUCAUUUCCCCUGGAGCACACGAAUUGACAACUGAGGCACGAAGCGUCACUGAUCAGAGCAAGGUCGCCGACCCUGGCCCUGAGGUAUGAUUCCAGAAACUUCUCCUACAAUUGGAGUGGGAUGUUGGAAGGGAUGAGAAUCCACUGAGGAAACAGGAGUGUGAUGGGAAGAGUGUCCUGGCGAGCAGGUAAAUCAGCACGUGCAGAACUGAGUCCAGAGGAGAAGGGGGCGCGGGGGGGGCUUUACUGAUGGCCGCACUGGUUGCUGUGUGGCGCACAGGCUGAGAGGAGCAAGGCUGGAGGCCGCAAGCCUUCAAGGAUGAUGCCUGGAGUAGGGGUGGCCAAGGGGGUAAAUGCCAGGGGGCACCGCCAGGCACUUUACAGGACAGAAGCCAAGUGGGAUAUUAUGAGGCUUCCUUGUUACCCUCUAGCUCGAGCAGGCCCCUCGGCUCCAGUGACGGUGGGGUUGUUGGUUCUGGUGGUGGUGGUGGUGGAUAAUGGUGGUGGGGCUCUAGCUUCUUACCUCAGGGCUUGGGAUGGCAGAGCUGCAAGCUUGAGCUCAGAGGCUGGGCUCCGUCCCUGAGCUUUUUCGCUCAAGGCUAGUGCUCUACCAAGUGGGCCACAGCGCCACUUCUGCUUUGCUGGGGGUUAAGUGGACACAAGAGUUUUAUGGCCUCUCCUGCCCGGGCUGGCUUCAAACUGUGAUCCUCAGAUCUUAGCCUCCUGAGUAGUUAGGAUUAUAGGCGUGAGGCACUGGAGCCCAGCUGGCAGAGCUCCUUCAUAUAGCCAAGCCUGAUACUCGGCACAGGUGAAAGGUAUUGUCCUCCUUUUACAGAUGAGUUUCCACAGGCCCCAAAGAGAAAACAGACUUGCCCAAGAGUUGAAGUCAGGGAGGCCCUGGGAAGCUAAGCCUGGCCGUUCCCUCACCGUGGUGCCAGGCCUUGGGACUUAAUGGAGCCUGGAGCAUCCCGUUGGGUGGAACGGGAUCAGGUGUGGCACUGUGAGACCUGUGAGCUCGGGCACGUCCUCUCACGUGCCUGGGGGGAGGGUGGGCAUUGGAGUUCUUUUAGGAAGAAGGAGCGUAGUUGGAAAUCCAUGAUCGAGUAGCAGAUGCAGCUGGAGAAGCGGGCUGUGCGGCAGCGCCAGGCGCCUGACAAGCGUCUCCAGGCCCGAGGCCCCCCGUGGAGUCACCUGCCCUGCGCGCUGGAGUUUCCACUGCCCCUCCAGGUCGCAAGCGGACAGCAGCUCGAGUUGUGUUUUUGUUUGUAACUGGUGGUUCAGGGCCUUGUUUGCUAGGCAGUACUUUAUUGUUGACUCUAGCCCAUGGUGACUUAGAACUGCUGACAUUUGAUGUGUUCUCAUGGAUUUGGGGAUGUGGUUUAAAGCUGGAGUCUGUGAGCUGGACGACCAUGCCCCGAAACGUCUGCAAGGCAGAAGAGGACUUGGGUCACCUGGGUCGGUCCUGCAGAGCUCUGCAGCUGCCAGCACAGGGUAAAUACGGGAGCCUCAGGGGAACUUGUGCACCUUAAGGUGGCCCUCAUCCCUUUGAGAGGGUGACUUUGGUUGAUUUCCAAAAAUCUUACUCUAAAAAUAGUUUGUGAAAGUUAUCUUCCCAACACAGCCCAGAAAAAGGAAUAGAACUUGGGGCCCAACAAGUCCCUUGUAUGAAAUGACUUUUACCUGUUUUUGUUUUUUGCUUGGGGCUUGAACUCAGGGCCUGGGCA